AUGGUGGAAGGAGAUCCUCUGUCUGCCAUACCUGAGUCAACAGUUAAAGCUAACCCAAUCGGUACAGAGAAGGGCGAGAAUGAGGAUGACAUUGAUGAUUUGCUGCUGAAGGGAGUUAGUCAUAGUGGGUAUGGGCAUGCAAGUGAGAUAUCAUAUGUGCAACGCAGGCAUUCCAAGGGCGGAGUCUCCCCACCAUAUUGUGAAGAAGAUGCAAAAGAAAUCCAAGUCCCAUACACUGCACAGUAUUUAUUCUGGUCUCAAGAUAGAUCCCCUGAUACAGCAGCCAUUCCUUCUGAAAUAAGUACUGAUUCAAAGAAUUCAAUCCCUAUUCUGGGGUAUUAUGGAGAAGGAUAUCAGUACUACAGAUUCAACGGUUCUUCCUGGAUCAAUUUCAAUGUAUCAGCUUUGCUCUAUACUUCACCGGGACACCAAGUAGUGGGAAGACAUUAUUUUCUUUCACAAGCUGAUGACAAGGGAGGACAGCUUGCAUGGGAAUUGUCAAUGCAUUCUGGUCUUGGGAAAGUUAUAGUGACUUUCAAGUUAGUGAUUACAGUUAUAGCAGAUAAAGAUAGUAUCCCUUGGACCAAACUUGAGGCCACCAGUUAUGCUGCUGAUCCUCCUUACAUAAGUAGAUCAUAUAUAGAGCAAGUGAAAUACGUGCAGAGAGUUUCCACUGUGGGAGGACUUCCUCCUAAACAGGAACACAGUCCAAAUCCAGAAACAGGAAAUAUAUAUUUGUCACCUUUCUCGUCAAUCUAUUGGUUCUCUACUGAUACCAAUUCUUUGUAA